GGCGUCUUCGUCGGCAGCGGCAUCUUCAAGUCGGGCGACCCCGCCAAGCGGGCCAAGGCCAUCGUGCAGGCCGUGACGCACUACAAGGACGCCAAGGUGCUCGCCCAGGUGAGCGAGGGGCUGGGCGAGGCCAUGGUCGGCAUCAACUGUGACAAGAUGCUACCCGAGGAGAGGCUGGCGCACAGGUAG